GUGUGUGUGUGUGUGUGUGUGUGUGUGUGUGUGUGUGUGUGUGUGUGUGUGUGUGUGUGUGUGUGUGUGUAAAUCUUCCCAGAAACUGUGUAGGAAAUCCAUAUCUCUCCACAUCUGUAUCUCCGUAUCCUUUAUUUCCCAAUCUGUGUAAUCUUUGUCAGAUUCCAUGUAAAUGACGGCACUUUUUCCCUGAACCACCUCACACUCCUGACUGCAGGAAAUCCGUUUAUGAGUUCUCUGUAGCUAGUCACAUGUGCCAGUAUGGGAUCAAUAAUCUGAAAUGUGUCUCUAUUUAGUUUGUGGAAUUUUUGCACAUCAUUUAGACGGCUGACACGUUUUUUGUUUUUUGUUUUCCCACUCAUAUAUAUUUGUGUUUGCAAGGGGAGUAUACUUUGCUGUAGCAGAUUUUAUGUAACAAAGAAUAUGUCACAAUAAUAAAUUCUUUUUAUUAAAAAGUUUGGUUGUGAGUUUGCUCCUGGGUGAUCAUCAGCAAGUGUCUAAUCUCACUGAACUGCAAACCAAGGCGUUGGGGACGCAAAACUACAUUACCCAUGAUUCUUUGGUUCCCUGUGGGUGAUGGAAGCGAAAGCGAUGAAGAGGGGGCUAGUUGGCUUUACUUGAUUAAAUCUUGAUUUUAUCAAACGACCGCUGUCGUUUAAUAAUUUGUAAAAUAUCGCAGUUAUUGGAAAACUUUUUAAGAUUUAAACUACGUGUAAACGUCGGGCGGGCCAUUUCUGUCAAAGCGCGAAUCUCUAAAACAAGAAACAUCCAGUAAAUGGCAGACUGCGAAAGAUAAACAAUGAGGGUUUUUCAACUGCCAGCACACUGAGUUCCCCGAGAGAAGACGUCUGAUGAAAAAUUACUGUAACGUUAAAGAUCCUACAGCCGACAUGGAAGACAAGGCAAAUGGAUCAGUUGACACUAAGAGCCCAGUGGAGAACGGUCAGCUGCCGGACCCUUCCAACUGGGCAGUUGCUGAUGUUGUCAAUUAUUUCAAAGCAACAGGGUUUGAGGAGCAAGCCAUGGCUUUCCAGGAUCAGGAAAUUGAUGGUAAGUCCCUGCUCUUGAUGACGCGUAACGACGUCCUGACGGGGCUGUCGAUAAAGCUCGGCCCCGCACUGAAAAUCUACGAGUAUCACGUGAAGCCGCUACAGACUCAGCACCUGAAAAGCAACGCCUCGUAGCGCCGCAGGCCGUCCCAGCACCCACGUCUGUGACAAUCAUUGUGUCAGGAGAGCCCAGGUUAGCCGUCGUUUCGCAGAGACUUUUCAGCCCACAGUGGCUUCUUAACAGGAUUUUUGAAUGCUGUAUGUUUUCUUUUUGUUUGUGUUCUUUUUAUAUAAGCGUGGACCCCAAAAAUGGGUUGCACACAGUGUCCACUCAGCCGUUUACCCUUUCAGCCAUUCUUAUAUCUGCUGCUUGAGAUUUUUUUUUUUGUAUUUUUGUAUUUUUUUGUGUUUUAUUUAAAAGAAGAAAAUUUGGGGAAAAUACUCUGCAGGUAUGGUUUUUGUGUGCGUGCAUGUGUGUAUGUUGUGUAUGUGUGUGAGUGCAAAAUGAAUUAACCCAUGAAGGUUUAAAAAAAUAAGUAUUUGUAUAUAAGAUUAUAUUAUAGUUGAAAACUGUGUAUGUUCUGUCGCAUCUAAAGACUAUGAUACAUGCAGAUAAUGAUUCUGGUGCGUUGCCCUUUUUCCCCCUGAAACUUUCUAUGUUUUAAAAUGUGCAUCUGAGUCAAUGAGUCGUCUUCAGCAUGUGACCGUGAACCACUUUGUUUUCCCAGACACAACGACCCGAGCAAAAGCCACCUUGUUCCUGAACAUCUACAUUAUUCAGGCUUGAGACUCUUGAUAUGGAAAUAUUUAUGUGUAUAUAUUAUUAUUGUUGUUAUUAUUAUUAUUAUUAUUAUUAUCUAUCAACCUGUGGUGCUUUCAGCAUUGUCACACAGACAACUGUUCAAAAGUGUGUAUGACCAAUGUACAUGUGCAGCAUAACACUGGAGUUUUAAUAUCCGAAUCAGAGAUUUGCAAUAAACGGUGCUCUUUUCUCACCAAA